AUGACACCUGAGGAAGUCGCGGCCAAGGAGCGCGAGCUCGACGAGCGCGCCCGUGCCCUUGACGCCCGCGAAACCCAGCUCUCCCAGCAACUCCUCGCUGCCACCACCGCCGCUGCCAACAACGCCACCACCACCAUUACACCCUCUACCGAUCUCAUCCCUCCUCCAGCUGCCCCUAGCCCAAACCCCACAACCUAUGCCACAUCCAUCAAGCUUCACGUCCCAAUCACCCUCAGCCUUGACGACGCCAACUACACCAGCUGGCGCGAACUCUUCCUCGUCGCCCUCGGCCGCUAUGGCCUCACUGCCCAUGUCAUCGGCGAAUCUACCCCCUCCGACACCGGCCCAAACACAUCUUGGGGCCGCGACGACUUCACCGUCCUCUCCUGGAUAUACGGCUCCGUCUCCGUCGACCUCCUCAACAUCGUCAUGCGUCCAGGCGCCACGGCACGCGUCAUCUGGGACGCCAUCGAGGACCUCUUCCACGACAACAAGAAACAUCGCGCGAUCCAGCUGGAGGCCGACUUCCGCAACACGCCGCAGGGAGACCUCUCCAUCAGCGACUACUGCGCCAAGCUGAAGGCCCUCGCCGACUCCCUCGGCGACGUCGAUCAGCCCGUCUCAGAUGAGACCCUUGUCCUCACCCUCCUCCGUGGUCUUAACGAGAGCUUUGCACACCUCCGCUCGUUUCUUCCGUUUCAGGUGCCUUUCCCAACGUUCCUACAGACGCGCUCAGCCCUCAUCCUCGAAGAGAGGCAGAAGAAAGUUGACGUGAAGAAUGCCGCGGGCACGGCGCUCUGGGCUUGCGGACAGAGUGUGCAGCCUCCCCAUGGAGGCCCCCGUCCUCCACCUCCACCGCCUCCGUCGUCCGGGGUCGCCGUGACCUCCGGGGGCGCCGGUCGCGGCACUGGCCAACUCUCCGCCAACACCUUCUACCGUGGCGGCCGCGGUCGCGGUGGCGGCCGUGGCGGCCGUGGGCGAGGCCGCAGCGACUCCCCCUGGCAGUACAACCCGUGGACGGGCGCUCCUACUCGCGCCCACCUACAGCAGCAGCAGCAGCAGGCACCCUGGUCGUCAGCGUCAUGGGCGCCACGGCCCUGGACCGCGCCGACCACUGGCGUCCUCGGCCCGCGCCCCGGCUACACACCUCCUCAGGCAUACGCUGCCUAUGGGCAGCCCUCCUACAACUACCCAUCGCCACCGCCACCGACAUACAACCAGCCGGCGCUGGACCCGGCCCUCGUCAAUGCACUCAACAACAUGCAGCUCUCGGGAGGCGAUUGGUUCAUGGACUCUGGCGCAUCCUCUCACAUGGCAUCCGAUCCCGGAUCUUCUCACCGGGACCGUGAUUCUUCGAUGCAAUAG